GGGAGGAGAAGGGAGGAGGAGGAAGGCCAGAUUCACUAGCGGGAAAAAUGGCGGAAACGUGUUGGUGUGUUUUUAGCAGCCUCGCUUCAAAACAUUGAUUCCUAGUCAUUGUAUCAUCUGUACCCACAAACGUGUACCACUGUUGGUGUUAUCUAAAGGAAGCAACUGAAGGAGGAAUGCAAGAUGCAAAGUGAUUUAGUGCAGAUUUCCAGCUCUGGACACCAGGAUGAUGCUGCUCCACAAGAGUCCCUGGCAAGGUCUUUAAAAUGCACUAAAUGUACCUUAAUCUUCAAAUCCAAGGUGUACCUCUUCGAGCAUCUCAACAAGGUACAUCACUUGGACAUAGAUGCUUCCCUCAGAGAGGCUGGUUUGAGAUAUGCUGAGAGUAAAAAAGCCCACGCAGAGAACAGCAAAGGUGUGAGAAAGAGUUUUACAUGUAGGAACUGUGAUUUUAAGACAUGCAUUCGUGAUGUUUGGACAAAGCAUGAAACGCAGUGUCCAAAACCUGAAAGCCCCAACUUGACGGAAACUGUGAUCAUUCCGGACAGCCCUGAUCGAGACACGCCGGACAGUUUAGGAGACCAAAACGAUGAAGCUGAAGAUAUUCUUGGAUCAAAGGAUCUUAGGACAUACAAGCGUCCAUCACAAACUAUCACCAAGUAUUUUUCAAAAUCAUCUAGGAGGAAUGACAACCUCAAAUUAGACAGUGAUGCAAUUUUAGUGGAUACUACUCCCGAUGCUAGCCUCCACUGGAAAAGUAAAGCCACCAAACUAUCUGAUAUCGAUUUAGACAGCAAAAAGCCAGGCCAUUUGUUGCGAUAUGAGCAUCUUUAUCAGGCUAAGGUAGUGGGAUCCGGUUCUCUGGAGGAACAAACAAAUUUAGCUAUUAACGAGAUUAACAGGAAAACCAACAAUGACAGUUUGAAAGGUCCUAAAAUAAAAAAAGCCAAGUUGACACAAGACUCAGUCGAAGAGAAUGAAGAUACAAGUGGAAAACUUGCAGCCAAUGUAGACUUUUCAUUUGAAGUCAGCGACGAUGAUGAGGAAAAGAAGGCUGAGCUUGUUAGCAGAGACCCAGCACGUCCAGACCUUUAUUUCUGUAAGCAUUGUGACUACAGCAACAGGAGCUUCAGCCUGGUGUCCUCUCACUAUCAGAGCGAUCACCCUUAUGUCAGAUGUAAUGCUAGCUACAUUAAGUGUUCGGCUGAUCAGAGCGCGACCUUCCGCUGCCUUGAGUGCCCUGUAGAGUUUCUCAGCACCGUUGACCUCAAGUGGCACUACACAGAAAAACAUCCGGAGGCUCCAGAUGUGUUCAAGAUUAAACUGAAUGAGCUCAGCCUGGUGUUUAAAUGUUUUACGUGUACAUUCACCUGCAAAGAGAUGAGGGUCCUGAUGAAACACUACAAGGAAAAACAUCCAACUUGUGAGGUGGAUAAUUCUUUGUUAUUCUGUCAAUAUUUAGUGAGUGAAUGUCAGGGUCCAUCUCAGCAGGAAAGGUGUGAAGAAACAUCCAGUCCGGAAAGAUCAGCCACGCUUUCCCCCAAGAAGAUGGGAACACCAUGUAAAGAGGUGGAAAUUACACCUUCAUGUCAGCCUCCCUCCUCCACAGUAUCGGAUGCGACCCCGUAUAAAUGCAGCAAAUGCGAAUUUGCACAUAAGUCGACUGUCGUCAUGCAAGUUCAUUACCAGAAAAAACACCCAGAGCAAGCUGUUACAAUCGAUGAAAUCAAGCAGUUAUCUAAGGAAACAAUGCAGAGAACGCCUGAAAGGGAGACUUCACUGAAAGAAACAGCCGAGGUCCAUCCAGAGGUAAACGCUUUAGAAUCUGUACUCCAAACCAUACCAGAGGUUUCCAAAACCCCCGUAGAACUUUUGAAAAUCAAGCAUGUUAGAGCUCUUGAGGAAGACCUCAAAAUAGAGGUGUCACGUCCUAAACCCAUAAUAAAAACAACCAACAGAUCAGAGGAUUUGGAAGUGGAUGAAAAGGUUUCUUCACAGAAAGCAAAGUACAAACCUGAGCCAGCUCUGCAAAAUGUUAGCAAGGUGACCUUACUGGAGGAAUCAUCAGAAGAUUCCAAAAAAUCUUUCGACUUUUCCACACCUAAAUGUCUAAAGUCGGCAAAAAAUGAAAGCAAAGCAAAUAUGUCACCUUCUAAACCCAACAUUGAAGCAACCAAGUCUAAAGCCGAAGGAUAUGUUUACUGUUCACCCCUGGAAAUGCACUACUGUCAGUUUUGCGAUUACUCAAAUCCCUAUAUUAGAAGUGUCAUCGGUCAUCAUAAUGCAAAACACUCUAAUCAUGUCCUCUUAUCUAAAGCAGACAUCAUACAGUAUAGUGCCAAGGUGAUAAAUGGUGAGCUUGAAAGGGAAACCAUUCAGAACACAGAUAAUCGCACAAAGAAAAGAGGGAAAAACGAAGCUAAGCUCAAAAAAAAUGUCACUAAAAAAAGCGACCCCUAUAUGAAUGCAGAAAAAUUAUUUUACUGCCAUCUGUGCAAUUUUGGAAAUCCAUCUACACAGGGGGUGAUCGCUCAUCAAUACAGGAACCACAGGUACCCAUAUUCCAGUCACAGUCGUGUUCUUGAAUAUACAGCCUUGAUGCGUGAGAAGAUUAAAAAAUCAAAGUCGGAGGGAACGAGCCCUGGUGCACAAUUACCUCUUCCAAUUCUAAAUAAAGAUGACAAAGAGGCAUUUUUCUGCCCUAUUUGCAACUAUAGAAACAGACAGAUAGCUGUAGUAGUAGACCAUUACUCCAGAGUACACCACAAAGUUUCUAAUAAAAUUGCUGACAUCCGUCUGUACACAGCAAAGGUUCUCAAUAAGCUGCAGAAAUCUCCUCUUAAAUCAGCUAAAAACCAGGAGCUCCCAGAGAAACCUGAGAGCAAAAACGAAAACAGAGACAAGUCUUUGAAAACUUUAGUGGACUCAGCUCCACCUGUAGAAUUAAAGCUUGAAAAGCUAAGGAAGCUUCCUUGUAAAUACUGCUCUUUUACCACUCAGUACGUGUUCCUUUUGAUGUCACACAUGCGGAAAAUCCACCGUUCCAAACUCUCGGUCGCAGGAACUCUAAGGCUCUGCUACCGUAAGGGGGCGUUAGAACCUGGCUAUCAUUGCGAGUGGUGUGUUUUCAGUCACAAAGAAGCGGAGGCAGUUCAUAAGCACUACCAGGAACGACAUCCAGGCUGCAAGCAGAUGAGCCUUGAGGCUUUAAAGGCCCGGUUAUAUGUUAGUCCAGACGAAUCACCUUCACAAGGCAGAACAGGUUUAGAAUCGGACCAGGAGAUUUCAGAAAAAAACAAGGAGAUUCAUUCCUGUACAAAAUGUUCUUUUAAAAGUAACUCAAAGAUCUCUCUUGCAAGCCAUUGCAACAAGUUUCAUUCUUCGAGUGAUAAAAACGACCCCUUAGACCGUCCAAGUGACAAAAAAACAAGUGCAAUGAGCCAGUUGGAGGAUCUCAAUGAAAUGCCGGGGUUGUUUGAAUCUUUCCAAGUCCCUCUUGAAGAUGUUGUUCAAGAAACUUUACCUUCCAGUGUGUUCAAGUGCCCUUUGUGCCCUGCGACGUUUGACCGAAAGCACGGUCUUAGGGUUCACAGUGGUAUUAAGCACCUCAAGCUUAAAAACACAGACGAAGCAGACAAACAACCCAAACAAAUUGAGGGGCGGGUGCAUGUCUACAAGUGUCCAUACUGCACCUAUAUUAACACCAGUUAUCAGGGGAUUCUCAGUCACUGCCACAUGACGCAUCCUACCUCCACCUCCAGGGCUGACAGUCUUCAGUUGGAUCCAGCGCAUUUGCAGGAUUUGGAAGACUACAGGAAAAGAGUAAAUACUGGUGAGACUUUAAAAUUUAGCGGGUACGUUUGUAAAACCUGCUCAAAAAUCUGUGCAACGCUGGAUAAACUGAAGAGGCACCGUGAACAGGAACACAAUGAGGCUCCUAAACCAUCAUUGGGCCUAAGAAUAAAACUAGCUAAGCCCCACAGAAAUCCCACUUGCUCCAAGGCUUCUCUCCUUACGAAGAAGGUCUAUGUCAGGCUUAGGUGCCAACAGUGUCCUUAUGUCUGCAGCACAAACAUUAGACUGAGUAAACACAUGCAUGAGCAGCACAAGGAUGAUGCUCACAACAGCUGCGUAUAUAAAUGCGAGUUGUGCCCACAGCUCUAUACUUAUAAGAAGCGGCUUGCAAAGCAUUAUUUGAGGACACAUGGAAGGACUGCGUAUCUGAAGUGCUUUGUUCCAGUUUACAAGCCGGGUGCAAAGAAGCAAGAUCCAUCAUCUGAACAGGAAAACAAAUCGAAGGACAGCCGGUUUAUCUACAGGUGUCCCAGCUGUCCCUAUGUGAACACCUCUUACCAUGGGACUCUCACUCACAGCCAGAUGAAACACCCAAGCAUAUUUAUCAGAGCAGAUACGCUGGAAACGGGUGAAAUAUUUGUUUCUAACAUCGUUGGUUGCUCAAAAGGGAAAGAGUCUUAUGAAAGAGGGUAUCUAUGUAAAAGAUGUCCAGAAAUUCACCCAUCCAUCAAAAAGCUAAAAAUCCACUGUCAAAAGCAGCAUGGGGAAGCAGCGGUUUCUGAGCUUCUCUCUGAAUCUGAUGAGCACAAAGAAGUUGGCGACAGCUCUCAGGUCGCAGACGAUGCAGCCGAUCCCUUAAAAGCAACGCUGCAGGACUCUGUUCACCUUCAGAAAGAGAAGGGAAAACCAAAUGUCUCUGACGAGGUCAAUUCUCAAGUCGCUGGAUCAAAAGCCAAGCCCAAGAGAAACGCGUUGUAUAAGAAAGACUUAUUUUACCAGUGCCAGCUGUGUACUUACUCAGCGUUUUCACGCAAAAACCUUCAGGCUCACUACAAAAGUUCUCAUAAACUGGAUGCUCUAAAUACCUACAAGCUGUUGGAGAGAUACAACAAACGGAAGAACAACUUCCUCCUGAAAUAUUUUACAUUAAAGACACGGUUCCAUACGAAGUGUAAGGAGUGUCCAGACUUGGCAUUCGACUCGUCUCAGUCUCUGAUUGAUCAUUACAAUAGUUUUCAUCACCUAUCUGCCAAGACUGACUUUACAGUGUUAUCUUUGGGAGCAAGAAAGGGAAGCACAGGGCUGUACCGCUGCAAGUUCUGUAAAAUGCGGUUACAUGGAAUUAGAAACCUCUGCAGACAUCUGGAUCGCCACCGAGACCAGAUGAAGGCCAAGCCCUCAAAUAAAAGCAUUGCUCUAGAAGGUUCAACGGCAGCUUCCACAUCUCCUGAGGCCUCUCAACAAAAUGAACAACCGACUGUCAAAGAAGACAGCCAACAAAUGGACACUGCUCUUCCUUCCAGUCCUCAACCGUCACCUUCAAAACCCGACACUGAUCUCGAAGCUAAAACACAAGAAGACAGAUACGCCUGCAAACUUUGCCAGAAGACUUUCAUGUCGUUGAAAGGUCUGCGAUCACACGAGCAAAGCCAUGCCGCCAUGGGAGCUAUCAAGAAGCUGGACAACAUGGCGAACGCAGAGUUUCAACUCAACAUGAAAAAAUACCUCUUCCACAAACCGGGGACCGUUAAGCGUUUCCGGUGUCUCUGCUGUCGUUAUCGGACGAGUUUCCUGGGUCUUUGGCAAAGUCACUUUCUGAAAAAUCAUCAAAACAUUAUUGAGAAAGAAAUCAUGAAGAGCAACGAUAAAGAGGAGAAGAGCUCUGAAAGUCCAGGCAAGGAGGUUCUAGGUUCAUCUGAGAAAAUCAACAGCUUCCCGGAAGUCAAUGAAGAACCAGAGGAUGUUGAAGAAUCCACAGAAAUGUACUCGGAGCCCCCAGACGUGCAGCGGCAGUUGACCCACUACAGCUUGAUGGCGCAUAAUGUGGACAGAGUCAACAUGAAUUUGCAUGAAGUCGGUUUGUCCGACAGUCUUCUUCAGUGCGAGAUGUGCAACUUCAACACUGCUCACCUUUCAAGCAUCCGGCGCCAUUACUCCAACCGGCACGGAAAGAAAAUCCUCAGGUGCAAAGACUGCGACUUCUUCACUGGUAUGAGAAAAACCAUGGAAAUGCACUUGGAAACGGGCCAUUCCACCUGCCAGUCCAAACCGACUCAUCUGAAGGACCUCCGCUGCCCGCUCUGCCUGUACCAGACCAAAAACAAGAACAAUAUGAUCGAUCACAUCGUCCUGCAUCGAGAGGAGCGUGUCAUGCCCAUAGAGGUGCGACGCCCAAAACUAUCCCGCUACCUACAAGGCCUCAUCUUCCGCUGUCACAAGUGCACUUUCACCAGCGGCAGUGCUGAAAGCCUGCGCUUACACAUGACGAGGCACAAUGACGUCAAACCUUACAAGUGUCGACUCUGCUACUUCGACUGCCCUCGGCUCGCAGACUUGGAGGCACACCUGAGCGAUAAGCAUCAGGUUUUGAGAAACCAUGAGCUUGUGGGACAAGUGAGCCUGGAUCAGCUGGAGGCAAAGAUGGGCAUUGGUCCAGAGGAUGAUGAGGACUACAAGUGUGACAAUGGAGAGCUGGAAACUGAAGAAAUUAAUGCUGACCAGGAUUCUUUACAAACUGACAACGUCUCAGAAUGUUCCUCCACAAAGAUACUUCGACUAAAAGACGUACAAGAGACUCAAGAGCUGCAUGAGGGGGAAAGAGUACCUGCAAACAGUUUUGUAUUAGACUCUACGCAGGACGUUACUCAGCAAAUCACCACUGUGGUGAAGAGACAUGAGCAGGAUUUACAAACACAAGGACAAGAUGUACCUUUGCAUCACUCUGUAAAAGAACACUAUGAAAGAAACACUGAUUCAAAUGCUGAGGAACAAAAUAAUGCAGAAAUCAAACAUGGCAGUGACAGUUUAGCAGAGAAAGAACAGACUUGUACAAACCAAACCACUCUGGCAGAGAGUCAGAAAGAAGCGGCUGCAGAGGGGAGUUCAACGUCUCUCAGCAUGGGAGCUAUCCAGGCCGAAGGGGAGCAUUUUACAGCAAAGAGCAUUGAGGCAAUUGUACGGGACGACCUGGUGAGAAAUGUCCUGGUACUGGGUGAAGAUGGGAGCAAGUGCAAAUCACACGGGAAGCCAAAUCCAGAGGAGAGCUUCAAAGUUGGCCCAGAAACUGUGGCUAAUUGUGUUGAUAAUGAGAAAAACGAUAAGCUAUUGUCAAUUAAAGAUGGCAGCAUCUCUUUGGCUCCAAACCUAAAACAUCAAGGCAACAAUGACGCUAAUCCAACCGCACCACAGACCAAUCCUGGACAGGAAAACAAAUCAAAGCUUCGAGAGGGUUUCAGAUUUGAGCCACAUUUGCUGACACUUCCACCCAACUGUAAGCGACUUAGGUUGGGGCAUAGGGAGAGCUGGACCAGAUUGUUAGAAAGCCGUAAACAGGAAGAAAAACAGAGUCCAAAACUAACCAAGGAUGAAACUGAACCAAAUGGAGAAGAAAGUAUAUUUAAGAAAUGUGUGGAGGAGGAUCAGCUCCAUCUGGAGCAGUUUGAGGAGGAAGAGGAGCCUGACCAUCUGGAGCUGAAGCUGGAAGAAGACGUCGAAUUCAACAACGAGGACGAGGAGGAGGGCAAGAUUCUGGAUACUCCACAAGCCCAUGAUGGUGUGCUUGACAUGGACGGAGCUGCUGAGCCUCUACAUGAGAAGCUGUUCACUUGUGAGCUCUGUGGACGAAACCUCAUGAACAUCACUGAACUGAAUCGCCACAUCAUGCGUCACGGAGUUUAACUCUUUCCUUCGGGUUGACGUCUGAGGCACUUCCCGCUGUUAGAUAAUUGAAGUAUUAAAGGUUAUAUUCUUUUCACUUUGUCCAUCCUCUGUCUUUUAAUGUUACAAAUAGAUAAUUUCAUUUGUCUUUUUUUAGUCCUUUUUUAGUAAGUGUUUUAUAAAACUGUUUUACAUGAAUACAUAAAGAAAAUGAAACUUCAAACAGGAUGAUCAGUGAAGCUUAUGCGAUCUGACUUUAAAGGUUUAAGUUAGUUUCCUUUUGUUUAAAAAUUUUUCUGUCCUUUUCUAUUUUAACUGCAGUGCAGUAAAAAAAGGUGUUAUCUUAUGCUGCUGCUGUAAAAUAAGCGACCCUUACACUGUGAACCAUGCUUUCUGUUUUCUACUUUAAAUACUCAAUUUCUAAAUUUCACUGAGAGCUUCUGUUUAGGUUUAAACCUGUUAUUAAUUACAUUCAAGUUAGUGCCAUCAUUGGCUUUGCAAUGUAAACAAAUAAAAAAGAAAGUGGCUGCUGGAUUCUUUUUUUCUUUUAAGUUAGUUUGGCUCUUUUCUUCAUUGAAUAUAAAAAUAAAAACUUUU